AUGGCGUGUUCCCGAGGCUUCGCCCUGGUGGCAGUUAUUUGUCUGUUUGCCGGCGCGGUAUCGAACCCAGUACGCCGGUCUCCCGAUUUAGAAGCAAGGCGCAGAAGUGCGAUUGAUCGUAGUAUGAUAAGAUUCGGCCGGUCCUAUCCGCCUGAGCCAUCCGCCGCCGACCUGCGGGAGGCUUUGCAGCGCCAGACGCGUCGCGGCAACAGUUUCCUGCGCUUCGGCCGCUCACAGCCCGUCGCGUUCACCGCCGACGACCUUGUCGCCCUGCUGCGGUCCUACGACGACGACUACGAGGCUCCGAUCGCGAAGAGGGUCUCCAACUUCGUCAGGCUCGGCCGCGACCCCAAGUUCAUCAGGCUCGGCAGGUCGGCCGCCGAGGACCAGGGCUUGGAGCAGAACGCCGAGCUCUACGUCAGCGGCUAUCCACAGAGGAAAAGCAGGGCCAGGGACCACUUCGUGAGGCUUGGACGUGGCGGCGAAGAUGUUAGCGGCUCCAGUGAGCUCGAGGAGAUGCCCGAAGACAGGAGAAAGAGGUCCACCGAGAUCUGCGAUGACUGUCACACG